AUGGCCCACACUGCCAAGGUCUUGAAGAGGGAAGCGACCAUCCGUCUUCACUACGUAAACUGCAAUACUUACAAUGCGGACUUCGAUGGAGAUGAGAUGAACUUGCAUGCACCACAGGACCCCAUCAGCCGGAUGGAAGCUUUGGCCAUUGCGAAAGCGGACCAGCAGUACUUGGUACCAACCUCCGGAAAGCCUUUGCGGGGCCUGAUUCAGGCUGGCAUGAAUGCUGCGUCUGGGGACUGUGGGCUGCGGAAGGGCUGCUGCCAAGCCGUCGGCAUGUAG